AUGACAGAGGUGCUCCACUCCUCAUCUUCCUCUUCUUCUCCUUCAAUAACCACACCUACCCACAAUGCCACAUUGUUUCAUCAGACUCAGUCAUAUGCGGGUGAGGAGAGGGUUUCUGGUGCGACGGGCUGUGAUAUAGAAGAGGAGGAGGAAAAUAGUGCGAAGGAGAAGAGGGAGAAGGACAGGAGGGAUCAACUGUCUCUUUUGGCACUUUUAGUGACUCUCUUUCGAAAGAGUUUUUGGUUGGCUUGCAAGACGGAUAGAGAAGAGUUUUCUGGUGCCGGCAGCGCCAAUUGUGGUCGAGGUGUUAUGGAGAUUGGAUGGCCCACUGAUGUGCAGCAUGUUAAUCAUGUUACCUUUGAUCGAUUUGAUGGGUUCUUGGGCUUGCCUGUGGAGUUUGAGCCUGAAGUACCCAGGAGGGCCCCCAGUGCAAGUGCCACAGUUUUUGGAGUUUCUACAGAAUCGAUGCAGCUAUCAUAUGAUCCUAGAGGCAAUAGCAUUCCAACCAUUCUCCUAUUGUUGCAAAGGCGUUUGUAUGCUCAAGGAGGCCUGCAGGCAGAAGGGAUCUUCAGAAUCACUGCAGGAAAUAGUCAGGAAGAGUAUGUGAGGGACCAAUUAAACAGUGGAGUGGUUUCAGAAGGCAUUGAUGUGCACUGUUUAGCAGGCCUGAUUAAGGCUUGGUUCAGAGAACUACCUAGAGGGGUGCUGGAUUCUCUUUCGCCCGAGGAGGUGAUGCAGUGCCAGUCAGAAGAUGAUUGUGAUGCCCUAGUAAGGCUUCUGCCCUCAACAGAGGCUGCUCUGUUGGAUUGGGCCAUCAACCUAAUGGUCGAUGUUGUCCAACAAGAACAUCUAAACAAGAUGAAUGCACGCAACAUUGCAAUGGUGUUUGCACCGAACAUGACGCAGAUGGCAGAUCCAUUGACAGCAUUGAUGUAUGCAGUGCAAGUUAUGAACUUCCUCAAGACUCUUAUAGAGAAGACAUUAAGAGAGAGAGAAGAUUCUCUUAUAGAACCAGCUCCUGUCUCCCACAUGGAACCUUCUGAUGAUAAUGGGCAUCAGGAUUCUUCGCAACUGCAUCUGAGUAAUCCUGUUGAAUCAAAUGAAGAUAGAGAAGAGACCUUCAUUAGAGAGGAUCCUAGUUCAGAUGUUUCUUCUGAUUUCAACCAAGUUGAUAACCUCACCGACGAGGAAUAUCACAAUUAUUCAACAUCUACUGGAGUAUCUGAUGUAAGUGAAUCUCCUGCUCAAGUUAACGGUCUCAGCAGUGGAGGAGAAGCCAAAGUAAUGAAUGCUCGUCAGACUCUGCUUGAAGAGAACUGUGAGAGGACCAACACAGGGCAAUCAAGUGCUUCUAAUCCCACAAAAACUGAAGGAAAAGUUAACAGGCAGCAAGUUAUGGGCAUGGCUAUGGAAACCGAUAACAAGAUCAGAGGAAUUAGCAAUUUGACCCGUAUAAAUUCAAUGACAGAACGAAUCGAAGCUUGGCGAUAA